ACAUGACGUUGUCACUCUUCAAGUAGUUCUUUGGGGCAUUGCUAUAACUACUUUUAUAGGAAAAAUGGUAGAAUGUCAUAAGCGUUGUGUGUUUCUUCAAGCACUCCAUGGUAUACUUCUUCCAUCACUAUGAGCUACCUGUGAUCCUUCAACAGGCUCACUUCCAACAGUUCCUUUUGCGAAACACAGCUCAACAGCAGCAGCAAGCUGGUGUGGCUGCAGCUCCUCCAGGAGGUGGUGCUCAUCAGCAACUCCCUGCGGGCGGUGUUGUUCAAAUUCAGCAGGUUGGCGGCGGUGUAUCUCUCGUGCGCCAUCGUUUAGCUCGGCUGUUGUCAGCUGUGCGUCGACCUAGCGUAACGACGCAGACGUCACUACGUCAAGUGGCGUCUGCGUCGACGUCGACCUCGCCCAGCGAAGACGAUCGAGGUGGAGGGGGUGGUACCGGUGGAGGGGGGGAGACUAACACUGUGGGCGUUGGUACUACGUCGCUCACCUCGCAGUCGCACUCAUCCCCGGCGGUCUUCAAUCAGACGCAAUCUAGUCAGACGGUGCCUGCAUCAGUGGAGACAUCGGAGUCCCAGACAUCGGCCGGUCGGCCGACUGUCAUGGCCUCCGUCCAGACGUCAGACAGGAGCGUGCGCCUUCCCUCGGGUGGACCCGACAGCCCGUAAAUAAAUACCCUCGCCCCCCAAGGGCUGCUUAGGUAUCGGCAGAGACGUUGUCGUCAGUGAUGAUGACGUGUGAUGAUCGGAAUGCAUUGUUACGUUACGUUUUAAAUGGUUCGAAGUACUUACAUUCAAGGUACGAGGUACGGUGACUUUUAAGAAAACCUGCUUGUUGAUCUCGUUGAGAAUUUAAAAUAGAAUAUAUUCGUAUAGGUUCAAGCCUCAAAUGAUACUUGGCUAUGUUCAAGGUAUCCUACGAGAAGAUAGCUCUAACCUUAUACUGCUUCCCGGCGCCCAAAAGGGAUCUAAAAGAUAAUGGCGCGAUCCAUGAGUCAGUUGCAGUACACAAAAAUGAAUUAAGAAUUCUGCCUUUUCGCGCCUAUUUUGAUUGGGUAUCUUCAGGCAAUCGUCAAUGAAUUCCACAUGAAGAUACCCAAAAAGGAUUGCAGAUCUCAGCGCCAUCUAUAAGAUAGUAGUAGAACUCUUUUCAAAGCUUUUAUAAGCUUAUUUUUUUGUUCUGAUAAUGACUCAUAGAUGGCGCUAAUAUUUUUCAGAACCCUUGUCUGGCGCCAGAAUACAGUAUAUUUUUUUUCUUCAGGUAGAACACGUUAAUCAAUGGCUCAAGUAACAAAAUAGAAGAGAGUAUCGUAACGUAUCGUACGCCACUGUUGACGCAGCGUGUUUUCGAUUAAAGUGGGCUCCGAUUGGUACAUAAAGAUUAGCCAUAUUAGCAGAAGCGUACGUUAGGUUCCAAUACUUUCUAUUAUUUUGGUACUCGACUAUAAUUAAGGAAGUGUCCUGAGGGUAAUUGUUCCUUGGAAUUAGGUAAGCUUGGAUAUGAGUUCCAUAAAAUUGAUGUAAACAAUACACACUUGCUUAUAAAAAAUGGCAACUUUGAGCUAAAAAAUGUCUAAUAUCUUUUGUGGCAAAACUGUCGAAUUUCCAUCAAUAAGUUGUCCUUUCAAAGGUAAUAUUCAUUUUCUAUCUUGAAAUUGGCGGAAAGGUUUGGAAGUCGCACUAUUUCAUCGAUUGAUUCGUCGGUCAUGGACAUGAGCAUUUUCUACCUGCAAUUCCAUCCUCCAUAUCGUAUGAAAUCUAAAAUAGGAAACAAAUUAUUUUACACAUAUCCUCACACACAAGUUCAGUUAGUAUACUCCACUGCAUAAGUUUCUUUCAUACUACCGCAUCGAAAGUCAUAGCAACAAAUAAAUUACCUAUUAAAAAACACAAUAGUGUUGCCCAUACGCAAAUACCCUCAUACACUAUCACCUCUUGAGACGACAUUCGUAAAAUAUGUAAAAAUCUUCCGUACGAGCUUGUUUGUUGAUUCGUACUAUAUUUAUGUAACACGUUAUCUAUUAGCGUUCUUUCUAAGCGUAUAAGAUAUCAGUGUUUCAUUGAUAACAACUCCUAACUGUCCAACACUCAAUUAUCGAAAAUUUAAGUGUAAAGUAAUUUCCGGGGAUAUGGAAUACCAUUUUUGUUGGUCGAGAUACUCGUAAAUUAAAAAUAACACAACUACCCUGUCUCAUAUCUUGGAAAUUAUUAACUAGUGGUAUUAUCGAAAAGUAUCGCUUGAUGAAUUUAGGUAUAAAGGUGUGGUCCCCAGAUACAAAACAAUAAGUAAAAAUUGGCACUACUACACUGCUAAACAAAAGUGGAGGGUAAGAUAUGUUAAAGGAAAUGAGACAAAAUGAACAGAAACGAGUCUAACAGAUAACACACUGCAACGAUACUUCAUUAUUACGACUCAUGGUAAAGGUUUCCUGGCAUUCCUGCAUUGUCAGAAGCUGAUUUAGUUUUCACAUAGGUAAAUAGUACCAGUUCGUCAUCAUCUGAUUUGUCGUUUACAAUAGCAGGCUGCGACUGAGAAGAUGACGAUGAAGUUGACAAACGGUUUUGUCUUUUCCUUUUAGGCGCGUUCGAAGAGCCUGGAGCAGCUUCGUUGGUUAUUAUCUUUCCUGUGACCUUAUCGCAUGAAACAUUAAUCGACUCCUCUAGUUCAUCUUUGUUGGGCGUUGAGGUUAUUAUUUUCGCCUGUCCACAUUUUCUGCCUCUUGUAAUAAUUUACUUUUUCAAUUCUGGCAUGGGUAUGACAUCUGUGGAAAGAACAUUUGGAAGACUUGUAUUUCUGUGAUCUGCAGUCAGAAAAAACAUCUCUUCGUACAGGAUAUAUCUUAGUUGCACUGAACCCCCUAAUGGAUAUCUCCGCUGUUUGUACCUUUAAAUACGCUCGUCCAAAAAUUUCGCAUACAUCAAAGUUGUUAUAGCCCGAUUCUUACUUCUUCAUUGUCCAAUGUUUUUAGUGCACUCAUCAGAAUUUUGUCCAGGGGCUGCAUCUUAUGUGUGGUAUGCGGUGGUACGCAUAUUGUGGGGACACAAUUGUCUCUUGCCUUAAUACUCACAUCUAAGUAUGUGUAUGGUGGCCAUCAAGUACAAGAAGCACUGGACUUGCCUGAGUAGGUUUGGUUUUUGCAUCUUAUGUGUGGUAUGCGGUGGUACGCAUAUUGUGGGGACACAAUUGUCUCUUGCCUUAAUACUCACAUCUAAGAAUGUGUAUGGUGGCCAUCAAGUACAAGAAGCACUGGACUUGCCUGAGUAGGUUUGGUUUUUGCAUCUUAUGUGUGGUAUGCGAUGGUACGCAUAUUGUGGGGACACAAUUGUCUCUUGCCUUAAUAAUCACAUCUAAGUAUGUGUAUGGUGGCCAUCAAGUACAAGAAGCACUGGACUUGACUGUGUAGGUUUGGUUUUUCCUAAAAAGUGGUCAAACCAACGCGUGAAUAAAUCAGUAAUUUUGACGCAACUAUAGAAAAUCGGCAAAUAUAAAGUAAAUCCUAGAACAUUUUUCUACGUUUAAACAAGAUACUUCUGUUAAUUUAUUGUCGUGAAAUAUGCAAUAUUCUAUAAUACCCGAAGGAUUAUUUUAAAGAAAUAACUAACAAAACAAGUCAGCCAAAAGCAACGUUCAAAACUCUUGAAAAGUGCAAUACUCAAUGAUGCCAACUGCUAAAAUUCAAAACGUUACCAGUUGAGUCAAUUCACAUAGGGAACCUGUAAUAGACUAAAUUAUACUACUUUAACUACCAAAACAUAGGUGACGCCUUCUGUUUCAAUAAUAAAGCGUAUUCCAUAUUACCCGGUCUAUUCCAUAUUCCCAGAAAUUACUCUAUAUUAAAUUAAUAUGCACUUACGCAAAAACAAAAUACCACCUUCGGCGAAAAAACAAUGAGACUGAUUUUUUAUUUGCCCUAAUCUCAAUUCUUCUUCAAACAUCAGAAUUAUGCCCUUGGGAACAGUUCCCGUGAGCAGCUGCAUACCUUUGGAGACCUUGUUCCCAGCCUUGGUAGCAGCACUAGAAGUAUUCGACUACUAUCGACUUCAGCGUCCGUCACACUGCUUUGGAUGUUUUCUAAAGUGCCAAAUGACAUCCUUUCAGGACAUUUUUCAGUUUAAGAAAAAGGAAAAAGAUACAGGGACUGAAAUCAGGUGAAUGGGGGGCUGGAGAACCACAUGAAAGCGUUUUACGGUCAAUUGUUCCGAGCUCUUCCUAUUUAGCUGUUCACUCAACAUUCUCAAUGUUAGACGAUGAUCUGAUAUGACAAGGGUGAUGUUUUCGUGUUGUUUUCGAGCAGGGUCCAGCUUCUUCACUUUCAAAAAUGAUUUGCGCUAUUGAAAAAUUCAAGCUCAGAAUUAGAAAUGUUCUCCAUAGGCCUGUUUCUGCUUUACAAAUGUCUCAAUUGCCGAUCUUCCAACCGUAACAAAAUUUAAUGGCACAACUUCACUAAUCCCAGAAAUAACGUGGUUGCCGGGCGGAGUUAAAACUCGGACCAUAUGAAGGACAACUGCGCAGCGUUGUCAGAUCACUUGCAGUGUUGCCAGUCUCAUUACUUUUUUACCACACCUCGUAUAUUUCAAAGGCACAUAACCCGACAUAAUACAUACUUUAUACAAGUAUUCUUUUCACUAUUUACCUUGCAUAAAGACGGUUUGGUGCGCUAGUGCGAUACUUCGAGACAUAGGAAAAUAAAACUAUAUUGAAAUUCAAGUGUAAUUCUAAUGGAGAUCUCUUCUACUGCUUUCCUAAUUUUCCUCCUCAACCCACUUAUUUUUCAACCUUCUGUCAAGCCGAAAAUACCAUAUUUCUCCAUCAAAAUUCGAAAACGUCAUUUCAUUUUCUUAUUCAACUUUGAGCGAAAUUAAAAAUGCUGCGAUGUUUGAAAAAACAUCAUAAGAUAUCUAGGAUCCGUUUUUGAAGAUGUAUUGAUUAUUAAAUAUAUUUAUUUAUAGAUAGAUAGAAAAUAAUUUCUCCAUAUCUUUUAGAUAGAGAAUUGAAACGGUAAAAAUUGUUUGAAUGACACUUUUAGUUUCCUCACCUGUUUUGACAGUUUUUUUGUUGGAUUGUCCUCCAAAGGGCCACUGUACAGAGUCAAUACUCUUUCGUGUCCAUUGAAUUUGUUGACCAAAUGUACACUGAUGUUUUUUAGGUAUCAUCGAUUUGUUUUUUUUUGUAAGCCACUGCACCUUAAGCUUGAAUGUUGUACAUAGUGGCGCAUGCGUGUACAUAUAAUAAGAUGCUACUUAAUUUGUAUCGCUUUCAAGGAAAAAUGUAAAUACUGUUAUUUUUGUUUAGUAGGUGGAUGUAGAUUAAUAAUAUUAAAUAACAUGUUAACACAAAA